UGCUGUUAAAGGAAAAUCUGCCUUGCUCGAGAAGGCGGCCAACAGCUCCGCGUUUCCCUCCGCUUUCUGUAGCCUGGUGGGGCCUUAUGAAAACCCGGGAAGACGCAGGGAACCGAAAUGGAUGUUGAAGGACUUAAAAAAUACUCAGCUUUGCAUCCCAAGCCCUCUGGACUUAUUCUUCAAUAUGGCACUGCUGGAUUUCGCAGCAAGGCGCAGCAGCUUGAGCACGUCAUGUUCCGCAUGGGCAUGCUGGCAGCACUCAGGUCCAGGGCCACAGGAGCUACUAUUGGUGUCAUGGUUACGGCAUCUCACAAUCCUGAAGAAGAUAAUGGUGUGAAGUUGGUUGAUCCUCUUGGUGAAAUGCUGCACCCAUCCUGGGAAGAAUACGCUACGCAGCUAGCAAAUGCAGAGGACCAAGAGUUACAGAAAACAGUAACUGAGAUCUGCCAAAAAGCAGCAGUGAACCAGCAAAAAGAUGCUUCAGUUUUUAUUGGUAGAGAUACCAGACCAAGCAGUAAGGAACUUUCACAGGCAGUAAUAGAUGGCAUCUCCGUUCUGGGUGGUCAGUACCAUGAUUAUGGUCUAGUGACCACACCACAGCUGCAUUACGUGGUCUGCUGCCAAAACACCCAGGGGCAGUAUGGGAAACCAACACUGGAAGGUUAUUACCAAAAGUUAUCCAAGGCUUUUACGGAGCUGAUAAAAAAGUCUCUCAGUUCUGGAGAGGCUCAGAGGCAACUGAAGAUUGAUUGUGCCAAUGGCAUAGGAGCUCUGAAACUGGCAGAGAUGGAGACCUAUCUUCCAAAGGAGGUACAAAUUCAGGUAUAUAAUGAUGGAACAAAGGAGAAGCUCAACCACCUGUGUGGGGCAGAUUUUGUAAAGGUUCAUCAAAAGCCACCUAAAGGGCUAGACAUGAAGCCUAAUGAGAGCUGCUGCUCAUUUGAUGGUGAUGCAGAUAGAAUUGUUUAUUACUACAAGGACACAGCUGGCCAUUUUCACCUAAUCGAUGGAGAUAAAAUAGCAACUUUAAUUAGUAUCUUCCUUAAAGAGCUCCUUGCCAAGGUGGGACAGACUUUAAAGAUGGCAGUGGUACAAACAGCCUAUGCCAAUGGGAGUUCAACGCGCUACCUGGAGGAGACGGUGCAGGUACCAGUUCACUGUGUCAAAACAGGAGUGAAACACUUGCAUCACAAGGCCCAGGAGUUUGAUGUUGGAAUUUAUUUUGAGGCAAAUGGACAUGGCACAGUACUCUUCAGUAAGGCUGCUGAAAACACAAUCAGACAACUGGCAAAAGAGGAGAAAGAUGAUGCAAAAAGAGAAGCAGCGAAGGUGCUUGAGAACAUGAUUGACCUGAUUAAUCAGACGGUUGGUGAUGCCAUCUCAGACAUGUUGGUUAUUGAAGCAAUCCUGGCUCUGAAAGGUCUGACUCUGCAGCAGUGGGAUGCCCUAUACACUGACUUCCCAAGUCGGCUGCUCAAAGUUCAGGUUGCAGACAGACAAGUAAUUGACACAACUGAUGCCGAAAGGCGUGCUGUUACACCUCCAGGGCUACAAGAGAAAAUCGAUGCUCUGGUAAAGAAGUACAAGCUGUCACGAGCAUUUGUCCGUCCAUCAGGAACAGAAGAUGUUGUGAGGGUCUAUGCUGAAGCAGACACACAGGAGAAUGCUGAUGCCCUUGCCCAUGAAGUAAGCCUGGCUGUUUAUCACCUUGCUGGUGGAAAAGGAGCAUCACCCCAACCUAUUUAACAACUGAAAUUCACAACUGGACUUAUUUUUUAAUGCUACUUUCUUUACUCUGUACUAGUGUGGAUGUAUCGAAACCUUCUUGAUUGUAGCAAGGAGUAAUCAGAACUAAGCAGAAUACUACUUCGCUUAUUUCUUACCUUGGUUGGCAGCUUACCUCUUAAUCAGAUGUUUUUGCUACAGUGUGGUCUCUUCCUCUCCCAGUUUGACUAACUACUGAAGCUGAAUGGAUUUAAAGGUGGCAGGUACCUUGGAUGCCAUUUCUUAGCAGCCACUGGCCUGUUUGUGGCCAUAGGGGAGCUACAUCUCCAGUCUUCUAAGGCUAAAGAGCCGCCUUUUGUACUGGCAGCAGUCUGGUCAUCAGCUUUUCCCAGACAGCAUGCAGGGAAGAUGAGCUCUGCAGCCUGGGCCAGUGAAGACUCGAGAGAGCCCUGCCAGAGAGGAAGCUCCCUUCAACUGUAGUGCCCUGCUGCUACCAGUCAGCCAAAAGCCUUUAACAGCUUUCAGCUGCAGUUGUUAAUUAAAAGGGAUGCCCCCAGCUUUCAUUGAUUACGAGGAUUCUAGUUGGGUAACUGUUAGUUUCAUAUUUUAGCAUUACUGUGAUCAAAUUCCUUACUACCCCCCACUUCCCAGCUUACCAUCAUGUUAUACCUCCAGGCUGACCUCCCCCAUCAGUGCAGCCAUAGUUGUAGCACAGCCUUGCUGCAUGCACACCUCUCCUACAUGACUAGACAACUGAAACUCACUCACACAGACAAUGGGGGGGAACA